AUGGCAGACGGUCGGCAGCCCGAGGAGAGCGCCCCCCAGUGGGCAUCGGCAGGGGCCCAGGAUUCAACAGGCAGCGUGGGCCACGGAGAAAACGGGUUCUCUUCCUCCUACAGGGCGUGCCAGCCCGGGGGUGCCCACGCUGGCAGCGCCACCUCGUACGCCUCUGCCAAAGAAAACGGCUUCAAUGGUGACCUUCCCUCUGGGCGUGCCGUGACAGCGGAGCAAGUGUCAGCGAGGAUCGUACAGGAAGUGACAGCUGAGGCUGUAGCAGUGCUUAAGGGCGAGCAGGAGCUCCACCCAGACACAGCUGUCAGACUGCCCUCAGUCGAAGACUCCACCAACCUGCCUCCGUCUCCUCCACCCUCUCCUGCGGCAGAACACAUCGGGCCUUUAGAGCAAGAUGUAGGGGAUGAGGAGGAGGCAGGCCCUCUCCAACGCUUCCAAAAUUCUCGAGAGAGGUGCAAGUUCCUCGCCCCCUCCAUCUCUGUGUCUGUGCCCGAGGAUGACCCCUACCACUCUGACGAAGAGUACUAUGAUCACCCCUUGUUCAGCCCUGAGUGGACGCGCUCUGGCUCUCGCCCCUCAGGGCAAGCCGCCGCGUUUAGACAGAUUGAAGAAGAAGAGACCAUAGAGGCUCUCUCAGCUGCCGAGGAGGAAGAGGAGGAGACUGCAGAAGCAGCAGCAACAGCAGCAGCUCUUGAGGAGCAAGAGGAGGAGCAUUGGAGUGGGGAGGAGCCUGAGCAGGGACCCCCAUCCGAGCUCCUAGAGCAGGCAGAAGUCCUAGGCGAGGCCCAGGCUCUGCCUUGUCUGCAGGCCCAGGUCCAGACUCAGGCUCUGCCAGCUAGUGUGUCCUCUGAAGCUCCUAAUGGAAAAGCUGAGGAGGCUGGGAGAGAAGAGAGUCCCGAGGAAGCUGUGAAGAUGGACGCGGAAAAACCGGGCACCGAGAGGACUAUCCCCGUGGGAAUGGAUUUCGCCGAGCCAGAGACGCACCUAGAUGAUCUCCCAUCUUACCAGAGCCUUUUCGAAAACAUGCCAGAUACUCCGCGACCUGGAGCACACCCCACCGGAACGUUCGCCAUCCCACCAAAUGGGCAAAGUCACGCUAAAGAGUCUUCUGAGACUCCUGCUGUUGAGAAACAACAUUCAGCAGACAAACCUGACUCCAGUAAGGCUCAAAAACAUGAAGAGAAAACAGAGGAAACAAAAACCCCUGAAAUCAAACUAAAGGAAGAGCCUGCAAGUGUUAGAAUUGGUGAGGUUCCUGAAAAGGAGCCUGCCACAGCAGUACAAAAGCAGGAGGCACAAGUGAAAGACAAGUCUGGAAUGUCGGCUUACUUUGAGACCACUGCUAUGAAAGCUGAUGAGGCCAGGGGAUUGGGUGAAGGUUACUAUGAGCUGAGCACAGCUUCAGAGGAGAAGAUAGGGCCCUCUGCAACACCUACACCUCCUGAAGUCAGUUACAGUACCUUGGCUCAAACACAGCCUGCGGAGCACAAGCCGGAUAGUAAGAGGAGUGCCACAGAAGAACAAAAUACCCUUCCAGCAGUUGACAGAAGAGAUGACUGCAGGCUCUCGCCUGGAAAACUGGCCCUAGAUCAAAGAAGCUACUCUCUGAACAUCACUAUCGGGGGAAUGGAUCAGAGUGGAGGUCAAGGUCGGCCCAGGAACCUCUCCCCAUUAGCCACAGACAUCAUGUCCUACACCAGCGGUAGCCUGGACGAGUCCGCUGACUACCUUCCUGUUACCACUCCAUCCGUUGAGAAACUGCCCCCAUUUCCCCCACUUAUCCUGGAGACAUCGGCCUCUGUCACCACUUCAUCUUCCCCACCCCCCCAAGCUACUGUCACCGAUGUGAAGACAAGUCCUCAGGCAGAGUCCCCAGAGUCACCCUGUCCCGCUAAGUACUAUUACAAAAAUGGCACGGUAAUGGCUCCAGACCUACCUGAAAUGCUUGAUUUGGCAGGUACCAGGUCAAGGUUGAUGUCUGAGAACACUGACCCUGAGAUUAUGAGGAGAAAGUCAGUCCCAGCUGACAUGCCUACCCUUGUAAGUGACUCUUUAGCCCAUUUAGUCUCAGGGGAUGCAAGUCACAAGACAAGAAAGAGCGACAGCCAACUGGAGGAACUGGGAUAUUGCGUUUUCAGUGAGUACUCUGGUCCCAUGCCAUCUCCUGCUGAUGUGCACAGUCCAAUGGAUUCACCUCCUCAAAUCUUCACCAAUAUCAUACCAGAGGAGAAAGACACCGUCGCUCCUGCAGUUCGAAUGGACAGUACCGAAGAUAAAGAUGUGAAAGCAAAAGAGGACAAAACACGAGCAGAUUCUGUUUCCAAAGAAAAAGAAAAGGACAAGAAGGAGGACUCACUUGAAAAAGCCAGUGCUCCUGUCGGGAAGCCCGAAGCUGAAGAUAAAAAGGAUGAAAAAGAUGGUAAACCUGAGGCUGCAACAGGUGUCCCUGUGGAUGUAAAGAGCCAGACAAUUAUGGAGGAGGAAAAAGUGCAGCCACAAGAGAAGGCUGAAACGUUUGUGACGCCUAAGGUAACAGUCACUGUAGAAGAGGCAAAACCUGACCAAGCCGCUGUUGCUAAACUGGCCGCCGAAACAGAGGCCGAAAUAGCUGACUAUGAAAGGCAAAUCCGCAAACUGGAGAUGGAGGACAGACCUCUGAGUGUGGAAGAGGAAAGAGAACUUCAGGAACUGCGGGAGAAGGUCAAGAACAAGCCAGAUUUGGUUCACCAAGAGGCCUACGAAGAAGUGGAUGCAGAAGAUGUGUAUCAGCUCACUGGAGUUGCUAAGGACAGGAUUGCCAGACCCAUAAAACCAUCCCCAGCAUCCUCUGUUGAGAGUGCUACCGAAGAGGACAAGGUGCAUGUUUCUGAGCCAGACAAGUCCAAACGGCCUGAUGAGACAGUGGCUCUGAAGGCAGAGGGAGCAAAGAUUUCUCCAUCGGCCUCAGUUGAGAAAACUCCUAAGGAGGAGAAACCCUCUGAGCCUCAGAAGGAUUUGGGGAUUGCAGAACCUGUCAAAGAAAAGGUGGCUGAAGAUAAAACUUUGCCUAUCCCUGCCAAGGAAGCAGAGAUGCCUCCUGUUACCAAGGAUGUGGAGACAGCAGAGGAAGAGAUAGAGCUAGCUGAAGAACCAGAUGAGUUCAUGUUGGACGGAAAACCAACACAACCCUUAGAUCAAGCAGAAGAGAAACCUAAGGUUGUUGAUACUGAAGUGGUUAAAAAAGUAGAGAGAGAGGAGGAAAAGGAUCGUGAGGUGCUGGAAGGAGCAGGAGCAGCAGCAACAGCAGGAGCAGGAGCAGGAGCAGCAGUUCAAGAGAUCUCAGAACCUCGAGCCACCAUUGAGUCUGUGGUAACUGUGGAGGAUGACUUCAUCACGGUAGUCCAGACUAUUGAGGAAGGGGAGGAGUCUGGUCAUAGCGUGCGCUUCUCUGCUCCUCCUGAGGACAAGCCUCCUCAGCUACAGCAAGAGGAAGAGGAAGAAGACGAGGAAUCAGUUGAGAUAGCACAAGAAGUAGAAAUGGAGGCUCCAAGUCUGGAGGAAAUCCCAGACGUUCCAGAUGCUGCCCAAACUCCUGCAGUCCUAGCUAAACCUUUGGUGCCAGAAAGUGAGGGUCCAACUGAAAGUUAUGAUGACUACAAAGACGAAACCACAAUCGACGACUCCAUCUUGGACAGCUCCUGGGUUGACACUCAAGAUGAUGAUAAGAGCAUGGUCACAGAGAAAAUCGAGCCACUUCCCAAAGAACAGAGUCCAGCGAAGAAGCCAUCUACAGAGAAGCCAGCCAAACAGAAGGCUAAAGGGGGUCGUGUGAAGGGACGCAUCUCCACCCCCGAACGUAAACCUGCCCGGAAGGAACCGGUGCCCAUCGCGAAGGAGGAGAUAAAGAAGAAAAAAGCUGUGAUUAAGAAGGCUGAGUACACAAAAAAAUCAGACAUUCAGACGCGCUCUCCUUCCCGGAAGAGUGUUUUAAAGUCCACUGUAAGACAGCCUAGACCCACCCAACAUCUCAUCUGUGCUAAGCGGAAACCCACAGUUUCUGCAGAUGGACGGCAGCCCAUUAGUGUGGCCAGACAGUCCAGAGACAGGGCAUCUACCCCCAGCAAUGCAUCACUAACAAAGAUACCUACCUCUAAAACACGGGCGGCGACGCUGCUGCCGCCACGCCCCAACUCCGCCUGUUCCCUCACUAAAACAAGCCCAUUGGUGGAGGCAGAGUCCUAUGGACCCCGCCCCUCCUCCGCUGGGCCACAGGAUUCACCUUUCCUUAACAAACACAUAGGAAAGGAUGGUGGCUCCAGGAGCCCAGAGAAGAGGUCAUCUCUGCCCAGGCCAGCCUCCAUUCUGAGCCGACGUGCCCACCCAACAGAGCCAGAGGAGAGCUCCACCUCCAUCACCAGCUCUGGGUCCACAGCACCUCGUCGGCCCACAUCGUUCCGUACUGAGGUCAGGGCAGAGGCCAGGACGGGCAGAGCAGCCAGUGUGACAGGCAUGGAGUCAACCCGCUCCCGCUCCGCCCGCAGUGGCACCUCCACGCCCCGCACCCCUGGCUCCACGGCCAUCACCCCUGGUACUCCGCCCAGCUACUCCUGCCGCACCCCGGGUACGCCCCGUACGCCGGGUACCCCCAAAUCGCUGAGCCUGCUGUCCCAGGAGAAGAAAGUGGCCAUCAUUCGCACCCCCCCCAAAUCACCGGCCACCACACCCAAACAACUGCGGGUCAUCAACCAGCCCCUCCCAGACCUGAAGAAUGUCAAGUCCAAGAUCGGCUCCACUGACAACAUCAAGUACCAGCCCAAGGGGGGACAGAUUCAGAUUUUAAACAAGAAGCUGGACUUCAGUCACAUACAGCCAAAAUGCGGAUCCAAGGAUAAUCUGAAGCAUUCUCCUCGUGGAGGCAAUGUGCAAAUCCAAACCAAGAAGAUCGACCUUAGUCACGUCACCUCCAAGUGUGGUUCUUUGGACAACAUUCAUCACAAGCCAGGUGGCGGUAACGUGCGCAUUGAGAGUGUGAAGCUGGUCUUCAGAGAGAAAGCCCAGGCCAAGGUGGGCUCUCUGGAGAAUGCCCAUCAUAUACCUGGAGGAGGACAUGUGCAGAUUGAGAGUCACAAGCUGUCGUUCCGCGACACGGCCAAGGCGCGCGUGGAUCACGGGGCGGAGAUCGUGGUGCAGUCUCCCGGCAUUUCGGGUGGCGCCUCCCCUCACAGGCACAGCCACAUGUCCUCCUCCGGAAGCAUCAACCUGAUGGAGUCCCCGCAGCUGGCCACGCUCGCCGAGGACGUCACGGCCGCUUUAGCCAAGCAAGGCCUGUGA